GUCCCCGUCCCCUCUCCACCUCCGCCUCCGUCUCCGUUUCCCUCAACUGACGAAAACCCUAAUUUCUUUCGCCUCCCAAUCCUCACGAAGACCUAAUUCAUCUCCUUUAAUUCUACCCCCUUCUUUUUGCAGUAAAGUCCUUGGCUUUUUUCUCUGAUCUUUUUCCCCCAAUUAUUAGCCCUAAUCGUUUCCCUAUUGCCCCACGUCAUACUCCACUCAAGGAUUGAUGAGUUUUCACUUUGGGGACAAGAAAAUGGAAGCUAAUGGGACGGAAGAUCUUAAGAAGCCUUUGUUGCAGCCGUCCUCAGAUUCUGUUGCAAUCACAAUACCUGAACCAGUUCAUAAUUUGGAUAAAAAAACCCGGACGGUUAUGUUCAAGAUAGGAAAUAUCAAGUGUGCAUCUUGUGCCACCUCGAUAGAAUCUGUGCUAAGACAGCUUGAUGGUAUCAAAAAUGUUACUGUGUCACCGCUUGAAGGUCAAGCAGCAAUUCAAUAUAUUCCAAAGCUCAUCACUGCAAAGAAACUAAAAGAAACCAUAGAGGAUGCAGGUUUUCCAGUUGAUGAGUUUCCAGAGCAAGAAAUAGCAGUAUGCCGUCUCCGAAUUAAAGGAAUGGCUUGCACUAGUUGCUCUGAGUCUGUUGAACGUGCCCUUCAAAUGGUUAAUGGAGUGAAAAAAGCAGUGGUUGGUAUUGCUCUUGAAGAAGCUAAGGUCCACUUUGAUCCAAACCUAAUUGAUACUGAUGACAUCAUUGAGGCGGUAGAAGAUGCUGGAUUUGGAGCUGAUCUUAUUAGUUCUGGAAAUGAUGAGAACAAAGUGCAUCUAAAACUUGAAGGAGUUAAUUCUUUGGAUGAUGUGAAAAUUAUUCAAUCUUCCCUUGAGCCAGUUGAAGGUGUGAAUCAUGUAGAAAUGGACCUGGUAGAAAAUAAGGUUACAGUUACUUAUGACCCAGAUCUCACUGGUCCAAGAUCUCUCCGACAUUGCAUAAAAGAAGCUGGUGGUAGCUCCAAAUCUUAUCAGGCUAUCUUGUAUGUACCACCAAGGCGAACAGAAACAGAGAGGCAGCAUGAAAUUGAGAUGUAUAGAAAUCAGUUCUUGUUGAGCUGCCUGUUUUCUGUCCCUGUAUUUAUAUUCUCCAUGGUGCUCCCAAUGCUUCAUCCUUUUGGUGACUGGUUAGAAUACAACAUAUACAACAUGCUUUCAAUUGGCGUGCUUCUAAGAUGGAUUCUAUGCACACCAGUGCAGUUUGUCAUUGGUAGAAGAUUUUAUGUGGGAUCAUAUCAUGCCCUAAGACAGAGAUCUGCUAACAUGGAUGUUCUAGUUGCAAUGGGCACAAAUGCUGCAUAUUUUUACUCUGUAUAUGUAGCAACUAAAGCAUUGACUUCAGAUACAUUUGAAGGGCAAGAUUUUUUUGAGACCAGUGCAAUGUUAAUAUCCUUUAUUCUAUUAGGCAAAUAUUUGGAAGUUGUAGCUAAAGGAAGGACAUCAGAUGCUUUAGCCAAACUGACAGACCUUGCUCCUGAAACAGCUCAUUUGUUAACAUUAGAUAUUGAUGGAAAUGUCAUAUCAGAGACAGAUAUUAGCACUCAACUGUUACAAAGGAAUGACAUGAUUAAGAUCGUUCCUGGGGAAAAAGUUCCUGUAGAUGGGAUUGUCAUUGAUGGUCAAAGCUAUGUGAAUGAGAGUAUGAUUACUGGAGAGGCAACACCAAUCGCUAAAAGACCUGGUGACAAGGUUAUUGGUGGAACAGUGAAUGAGAAUGGAUGCUUGAUUGUUAAGGCCACUCAUGUUGGGUCAGAGACUGCUCUUUCUCAAAUUGUUCAACUUGUGGAAGCUGCUCAGCUUGCCAGAGCUCCUGUUCAGAAACUUGCUGACAAGAUUUCUAGGUUUUUUGUUCCUGCAGUUGUUUUAGUAGCGCUCAUAACAUGGAUGGGAUGGUUUAUCCCUGGUGCCCUUGGUCUUUAUCCUAGACAUUGGAUUCCUAAAGGCAUGGAUAAAUUUGAACUGGCACUACAAUUUGGCAUUUCAGUUCUAGUUGUUGCUUGCCCUUGUGCUUUAGGACUUGCAACUCCUACAGCAGUAAUGGUUGCUACAGGAAAGGGUGCCUCAUUAGGUGUGCUCAUCAAGGGAGGAAAUGCACUUGAGAAAGCACAUAAGGUUAAAACAAUUGUGUUUGAUAAGACGGGGACUCUGACGGUUGGGAAACCAGAAGUUGUAAGUGUAAUGCUCUUUUCAAGUAUAUCAAUGGAAGAUUUCUGUAAUUUGGCUUCCACUGCAGAGGCAAAUAGUGAACAUCCAAUAGCAAAAGCUGUGGUUGAGCAUGCAAGGAAAUUGAGUCAGGGGUCUGGAUCAAACACUGAAUAUUUUGCAGAAGCUAGGGAGUUUAAGGUGCACCUUGGAGCUGGUGUGAGUGGAAAAGUUGGGGACAAGAUGGUCUUGGUUGGGAACAAGAGGCUAAUGAAGACUUAUGAUAUUCCUGUUGAUUCUGAGGUCGAGAACUAUAUUUCAGAGAAUGAGCAGCUUGCCCGAACAUGUGUGUUAGUUGCCAUUGACGGAAAGGUUGCUGGAGCUAUUGCUGUAACCGAUCCAGUGAAGCCAGAAGCUGUUCGUGUCAUAUCUUACCUCCGCUCAAUGGGCAUUUCAAGCAUCAUGGUAACUGGUGAUAACUGGGCUACUGCAAGAGCCAUUGCAAAGGAAGUUGGAAUAGAGAAUGUGGUUGCUGAAACAGAUCCUCUUGGAAAAGCAGAAAGGAUCAAAGAUUUACAGAUGAAAGGGUACACUGUUGCUAUGGUGGGGGAUGGAAUAAAUGACUCACCUGCUCUGGUUGCUGCUGAUGUUGGCAUAGCAAUUGGUGCAGGUACUGACGUAGCGAUAGAGGCAGCUGAUGUAGUUCUCAUCAAAAAUAACUUGGAGGAUGUAAUUACGGCAAUAGACCUCUCUAGAAAGACCAUUUCUCGGAUUCGUCUAAACUACGUCUGGGCCCUUGGUUACAACAUACUUGGCCUGCCGGUUGCAGCUGGAAUCUUAUACCCUUUCACCGGCAUUCGUUUACCUCCAUGGCUUGCUGGUGCUUGCAUGGCUGCCUCCUCUGUCAGCGUAGUUUGUUCCUCUCUGUUAUUGCAGUCAUAUAAGAAGCCUCUGCAAGUUCAAGUCACUCAAGGACAGAUUCCCCAUCCCACAUCAACCUAGCUAACUUCUCAUAGGUUCGCUAGUCUUCACCUAAUCUCACAGGUUGAAUUGCAGAAUGUCCCUUGACAGAUUGACUUGCCAUUUUAGUUAAUAAAAGUUAAAAUUUUGAAGUUUGUUGUUUGGAAUGCUGGAAAGUUUCAAUGUGAAGAUCAGCAGAUCUCCUGCUUACAAUUACUGUAAUUUUAUUUUACAUUAUUUUUUAACAUGUGCAAUUAGGGGGAAAGAGAUUAUUUUCCAAGUCUUUAGAAUGUCCCUCUAAGGCUCCAAGAUUAGGAUGUAUUUUCCAGACAAAAUUUAAAAAUACACAUGGGGAUUUUCG